UUUUUAUCCACCUAUUGAUGAACCAUCUAUUGGAAAUAAGAAUAUUGAUCUAUCAAGACGACAGGAAAGAAAGCAUAUCUUCCAGGGAAAAACAUUUGUAUUUUUAAAUGCCAAACAGCAUAAGAAGUUAAGUUCAGCAGUUGUUUUUGGCGGCGGAGAAGCAAGAUUGAUCAUGGAAGAAAAUGAAGAAGAAGAUAGUUUUUUUUCAGCUCCAGGAACCUGUGUUGUUGAUACUGGAGUAACAAAUACACAGAUCUUAAUUCCUGACUCUCAGAAAAAAUGGAUUCAUUCGAUUGUAGACAUGCUCCAAAGGUACAAAAUCAUUGUUUAAUAGUAAAAUACAACACUAGUAGAUAUUUAUGUAACU